UUCCACUAACGUGUCUGCGGCUUGAACACUGGACCUGUAGAGGGGAAACAUGCAUUUAAUCUUAUUAUAAACGCUGAAUUAAUUCAAACGCUUUGUACAUAACUAUAUUACAAUUAUCACUGGCUGACUACCUAAUAAAGACAGCGAUGAGUUUGUUCAACCUCGACAGGUUUCGUUUUCAUAAAGAGAGAGCCAUCUCCUCACCGAAACAGGAGCAACGUAAACCGAACAACUACACAUCUGACAAGGAGAAUUACCGGGAGAAGUCGGACGGCAAACGCGGACCAGGGAAAACUCCACGGCAUGCACUGGAGGACGUCUCUUCUGAUGACGAACAGUUUAGGAAAGCCAAGGAGCCACCAGUACAAACAUCAGCACAAAAUGCAGCAGUGUGUGAAAAGCAGAUGACUCAGGAAACGGAGGAUAAAGCGGCCAAACUCCUGGAGAUGUUCCCUCAGAGGAGCAAGAGGGAACUGCUGAAGGUGAUUGAGGACACCAGCACACUGGAGGGGGCAGUAGCAUGUUGUCUGGUGACGUACAGAGACAAAGAUUCAUCUACACAGAAAGGGAAGGCAACACACAGUAAUGACGAUGGUGACGACAGUAACUGUAAGAGGCAGCCAGCAAAGCGGAGGAAAACCAUGGAGACUGAUUCUGAACUGGGAUCUGAGGAGGAGAACGAGGAGGUGAGCAGAGAGAAACGGGAAGCUCUGGUCAGCAGGCUGAAGAAGAAAUUACCUGAGCUGGAAAAGGAGGUUCUGAGGGAUGUUCUGAGAGAGCAUGACUGGGAUUAUGAGAAUACCUUGGGUUCACUACUCAUGUUUUCUUCAGAAUCAGAUUCCAGCCCUAAAGGACCUCUGGAGCAACAUUCAAAAGCUUCAUACAAUUCAAAACAAGACAGGAACAGCCAAGACUCCAAUCGAGAGGGGAAGCAAAAUUCAGUUUCUUCUAGCCUAUCAAGAUGGCUCUCAGCUGUAUCGAGCAAAUCCCCUUCAAGAUCACAUAAUCCUUCAAAUAGGUCUGCCUCCACGGAACUCCGAAAAGCCAGCCACAUCAGAAACAGGGUAGAGGAACCAGAGCAGGAGCCAGGGCGGAACAGUGACUCCGAUGGUGAAGAAGAGUCUGGCAGCGAGGCAGAGAGUGCUUCUGAUGACUUUGACUCGGAAGGCGAGAAUGGCGGCCUUUAUCUUGGCAUCAAGGACCAGAUAGUGCAGUUUCUCCAAGAGGCCUCUUUAGAUGAGCUAACUUUGAUAUCUGGCUGCUCACUGAAGAAAGCCCAGAAGAUUAGCGCACUGAGACCCUUUAAAACCUGGAAAGAUGUGGAUGAGCAGUUCUAUAAGGACAACGGCCUGUCUGCGGAGCUCCUGCACGGCUGUAAGGUCGUCCUCAAGGAGAGGCAGGUGCUCCAGCACCUCAUGAACAGGUGCGCCAGCAUAGCCAGGAAGAUGAGCAGAGAUGUCACCCAGGUGAUCAAGAACGGCAUGUGCACCACGAAGCAGCCCGCCAUCCUCAACAGCAAACUGAGGUUACAGCCAUACCAGUUGAUAGGCUUGAAAUGGCUUAUUCUUCUGCACCAACAUAAGCUCAGUGGAAUCCUGGCUGAUGAGAUGGGUUUGGGAAAGACGAUUCAGGCCAUUUCCUUCCUGGCUCAUCUCUAUGAGAAGGGGAUCCGGGGCCCUCACCUCAUCACCGUGCCCUCUUCUACAGUGGAUAACUGGGUGAGGGAGCUCGGUGUGUGGUGUCCCAGUCUCAAGGUGAUCAUCUACUAUGGUUCUGUUGAGGACCGUAAAUAUCUUCGCUAUGACAUUCUCAACAAACAAGUGGAGUUCGAUGUCAUAGUGUCUACAUAUAACUUAACAAUUGGCAAUGAAAAUGACCGCAGCCUCUUUCGCAAGCUAAAGUUGAAAUAUGCCGUGUUUGACGAGGGUCACAUGCUGAAGAACAUGAACUCACUCCGCUACCGCCACCUCAUGGCCAUUAACGCUGAGCACAGGCUGCUCCUGACUGGAACCCCUCUGCAGAACAACCUCUUGGAGCUCAUCUCCCUGCUCAACUUCAUCAUGCCCUCCAUGUUCUCCAGCAGCACCUCACAGAUCUCGAAAAUGUUCUCCACGAAACCAUCUGGGGAGGAUAGCAGUUUCCACAAGGACAGAAUUGCACAAGCCCGGCUCAUUAUGAAGCCGUUCGUCCUCAGAAGAGUAAAGAGCGAGGUGCUAAAGCAGCUUCCCCCCAAGCUGGAGAAGACAGAGCUGUGUCCCAUGAGUGCCGCACAGCAGCGACUCUAUGAGGAUCUCUUCCUGAGCCUCCGAGCCACUGCCGAUGGAGAGAAGCGAGAGCUCAGGAAUGUGAUGAUGCAGCUCAGGAAGAUGGCCAAUCACCCACUGCUGCACAGACAGUACUACACCGUGGAGAAGCUCGCCGCCAUGAGCCGAGCCAUGCUGAAGGAACCGACCCAUUUUGAUGCAGAUCCAGCACUGAUCCAGGAAGACAUGGAGGUGAUGUCAGACUUUGAGCUGCAUAACCUGUGUAAGGAGUACAGCUCCAUCAACAGCUUCCAGCUAGAGAAAAAGCUCCUCCUGGAUUCCGGAAAGUUCACCUUGCUAUCAAAACUACUGGCCAUGCUCAAAGACAAGGGUGACAGGGUGGUGCUCUUCAGCCAGUUCACCAUGAUGCUGGACAUUGUGGAGGUUCUGCUGACUCACCUCGGACACCAGUAUCUACGGCUGGACGGCUCCACACCUAUGGCAGAAAGAAUUGGACUGAUAGACAGAUACAACACGGACCCCGAGAUAUUCGUCUUCCUUCUGUCGACUCGUGCUGGCGGCCAGGGGAUCAACCUCGCUUCUGCCAACACGGUCAUCCUGCACGAUAUCGACUGCAACCCCUUCAAUGACAAACAAGCGGAAGACCGUUGUCAUCGAAUGGGGCAAACCAGGACUGUACAGGUUAUCAAACUGAUCAGCAAAGAUUCCAUUGAGGCCUGUAUGCUUCGGGUAGGACAGGAAAAGCUCAAACUUGAACAAGACAUGACUGCUGACGAAGGGGAAGAGGGCUCCAUGUCUGAGGAUAUGGCAGAGCUGCUAAAGGUAUCGCUGGGUCUGUGACGUAGCAUUCCCAUGUUGUAACUGCCUCACUACUGCUUUCUCUCUAAGGACUAGUGCAGGUAGCUUGUCAUGACCUAUGCGCUGGUUAGUCUUUUUUUUUUUUUUUUCAGUGGUGAGCUACAUAUUGAACAAAAUGUCUUUUGCCUUGUUGGGUUUUUUUUGUUUUUGUUUGUUUUUAAGUGUACUGUUGAUAUUGUCUUGUAUUACAUAAAUAUGUCCCUUUCAAAUAAAGACAUUUUAUAGCA